AUGCGCGGGCCCAAGGGGACCUCAUCAGCCUUUUCAUCGAUAUCAAGACGAACCUUUCUCACACUCGCCACCCCUAACCCUCAUGUAACCCCUUUCCCUUCCUCAAGAACAAGAUCAAGCCCCAAACACAGACCGACUCUGCCCCUCUCCAACCAUCACCAAACACGCUCUUUCUCCCUCAUCCCCAUCCUGGAAACAGCAAUCACCGCCUCGCAGACGCUGCUCAGCACCCUGCACACGGCGACCUGCACACCAUGGUACCUGACCAUCCCGCUGUUCGCGCUAGUCAUCACUCUGCCCUCGCGGCUGCCCACGACCGUCCUGGCGCGGGCCGUCGCCGUGCGCCGGGCCAAGCUUGCGCCAUUGAUGCGCGCUUGGGCCGCGCGCGUAAACCACGAGCUCGCUAAAAUCCGACUGCAGCAGCAGCAACAACAAAAUGAGAUGAUGUCGACAAACGAUAUCGCGGUGUGGGGGUUAAAGUAUCGCGCGGCCAAUCUAGCCGAGAAGAAGAGGCGGUUCCGGCGGUGGGGCGUGCAGAGCUGGAAGGACUGGGUUCCCAGUCUGGUCGUGUUUCCCCUGUGGAUUACCGGCAUCGAGGGGCUGAGGCGGAUGUGUGGCGGCCCGAGGGGACUGUUGGGGAGGAUGGUUUUCGGGAAUGGGGAGGCGCCUGAAGGAAGGGACGAAGCGGGUGUUACGGGUGCUGCUGUGCAGGGGAUGGGAGGCGGCGAGGGUGAGAUCGGAGAGGCCUUGGUUGGCUCGCUUUCUGGCCUGGAUCCGUCCCUGGCUACAGGCGGGUGUCUUUGGUUCCCGGAUCUCACGGCUGCUGAUCCGUACCAUGUUCUGCCAUUCGCCCUGUCGGCUGUCCUGCUGCUGAAUCUGUUGCGAACGGCACAUACCGGGAUGGGGAUCCGGAGCUUGUUUAAUCUCGCAGAAAAGAACCAGAUAGUGCUGGUUCAAAAUAAAUGGCGCCUGCGGGUGCAAAGGGCGUUGCUGAUGGUGGCCGUUGCGGUCGGUCCGAUGACGAUGGAUUUGCCGGCUGCGCUGCACCUCUACUGGAUCUGCUCGGCGGCCUUGACGGGCGUACAGACCGAGAUCAUAGCGCGGCUAAUGCCCAUGCCCAAGACGGUCACUCCGGCGAAACGAACCCAAGCGGUGGAAUUGGUACGCCCAACCCGUGAAGGGACGAAGAAGCCAUGA